AUGACUCCCGAGGAUCUCACCGAAAAUAGCCUAAGUCAGCCCGGCGCAGGCGCGGGGGAGGGGUCGUGGACUCGGACAAAUAGUGCGCCUGAAGAGCCCAAGGCUAUUUAUCAUGAUCAAGAGUUCCCUCUUUACUCCCUGCAGAAUUGCGGAUCACGUCUUUCACAAGAGCUUUUUAGCCACAAUUCGAGAGCUGUUGCACCAAUUGCAAUUGCCGAUACUGCCGAGUCCCACAUGACCUCCGAAGACUCCUCGGAAGAGCUGAGGCAUCCGCGGCUGACGAACAAUGCAAAUUACAAGCCGCCGUUGAACUCAACCCCACAGCACGACCCAAUCCUGUCCAAGAUCUGCGAGAAAUACAGGAUUACGCCGAUUCUUUAUACCGCAUUAUUCAAUGAUAACCCCAACGAUCGCCAUUUCAUACUCAAUCUGGAGAAGGACCUUAUUGAGUUCAUCAAGGCCCCCGCCUCCGAUUCGUGGAGACUGAACCCGCUGAACUCUUACUAUCGGCUUUUGACCCAUCAGAUUGCCGAGUACUACACGUUAGGACACAUUUUACUGAAAGACGCGUGUUCCAUGGUGAUAUUCAAGAACAACACAUCGAUGGUGAACAAUUCGAAGCCGAUAGCCGCGGACGGCUUGAGCGUCCCGUCGAUAGGCGGCGAAUCCGAGCAAAACGCUGUCGAGAAACUAAACAGGCCGAAACUUGCAGAUCUUCCGAACGAGCUGGGAGAGGCCUAUUUUUCGAAUAGUGGUCCUGCUGUGAAGAAGGAAGAGAAAAAGUUCAAGAUCAUGAGGAAAGGUUCCAAUGUGGACCCUCUAGCUUCAAACGUCGACGCGCUUGCGGAAGCCCCAUCGACGUCCUCUGCUGAUCCCGGGUUAUCGAAAGAAGAGCGAUAUCAGCGUGCCAGGGAGCGUAUUUUUGAAAAUGGCGACGAGGAAGAGGAGGAAGAAGAGGAAGACAGGGAAGAGCUCAAUGGUAACGACAGCGGCUAUCCAAUGUACCCUUUCCAGCCGAGUUUUUAUUACCCACCGCAGAUCCCUCCACAUACCGCUCCCGUGGGGCAGAGUAAGCAGUUUCAGUAUCCACCGAUGGUGCCGCCGCAAUUUGCCUAUUAUCCAGCGGCAUAUUCCGGUUAUGGCUACGCGUAUGACACCCGGCCCAAGAGGAAUGGUCGUCGUGGAUCAGGACGGGGCGGAAAACCCUACUAUUACUACCCACAGCCUCCGCAGACAUAUCCCAAGAACGGGUCGGGAGGUCCGCAGUACUACAACGGGUCUGGAGUUCUCCCGGGAUACCCUGGAUUGCCAGUGCAUCCGGGGUCUCUGCCGCCGUACCAGGCCGAUCUCGAGCGUGCGACCGAGGACAUCGCAACGCUGGGGAUCGAUUCUGGGCAAAAACACCAAAGUCAUUGA